AUUGUCCUGUAUAUAAUACUGAUUAUGGAUAAGUGACCGAUGGUUGGUCCAUAGAGACUGUGGGUCACUCUAUAGGAUAGAGUGACGGGAAAUCCUGGACCGAUCGUGUGUAGGAUUAAGAAUUGUAGCUUUGGUUGACUAAAGAAAAUGACUUUAGCUUACAAGAGGGUUUCUAUAAAGCCUCUUUCUAAGGUGCAUAACCAAGACAGGUGUCUCACCUCUCAUCCUUCCCCUUUCAUAUAGAGUUACAAAUAUCUUUGAUUUUCGUCUUACAAUAUCUUUUUUUUUGCAAAUAUUUUAUUUUUCAUUCCACUCACUCUAUAUGUCUGACGCUAAGACUACCAUCACGAACCCCGUUAUUCUCUGGGAUUUAAGCUCCAAGUUGGACGACCCUCAGCAAUGGUCACCGAAAACAAUGAAGGCCAGAUCCGUACUCAACUACAAAGGUAUUCCAUUCGAAGUUCGAUUCACCACUUACACCGAAUUUCCACUGAUCUUGCAGAAGUUGAACAUACCACCAUGGCAGGAGAUUCCCCACUACACCUUACCAGCAAUCUCCCACGACGGUAACGCUAUCAUGGGUUCCGACGAAAUUACCGACUACUUGGAAAAAGCUUUCCCACAGAAUCCAAGUGUCUACCCUACCCCACAAGCCUUGACUGAGUCUGAUGGCCUCCGAAAGAUGAUACCAUCCGUGUACCAGCGAGUUACUGCCUGCUCCAUGACCUUCAUCUCUCAAAUCAUCCCUGAUAUAGAUCAUGAGUACUUCAUCAACAAGCUGAAAAGCAGAUUAAAUAUUGACAUUAUCCAGCUCAUCAACUCUCCUGCCAUCACUGCGGAAGGCUGGGCCGAAGGACAGGGCUUUGUUAACGGAUUUAAAGGCUUCACCACCGAAAAUUUUACACAGGAACUGUUGGAUCGCUUGAAGAGCGGAAAAUACUUGUUCGGCGACUAUAUUAGCUAUGCCGAUCUCCAUUACUUCAGUGUCCUUUCGUGGGUGAUUAAGGCCUACUCCCAAGACAAGACCAGAACUUCUGAGUUCUUCUCCGACAAGUGGUUGCAAGAGUGGUACAACAAGAUGUCCAUCUACGGCGUAUGAGCAUUAUAAAGCGCAGUAGCUCAGAGAAUAUGCCAAGAUGUGAUUGAGCACGAGCCUUUCCAACAUACGUCGAUUACUAGUGCAGUAAUCGUGCUGUUGGAGAGGGGAAAAUUACGAUGCUAGACUAUUCAAGUGGAUUGGAUGCCUAGGACAACAAAUAAAUGGGAUAUGACCAAUGGCUAAAGCCAGCAAGUAACUUAUGCAAAUUUAGAAAGCCCCAGAAAUCCUUCAGUUGGGUAAACCAUUAUACAAAAAGGUGCCUAGUUGGUGACGUAUAUAACAGAGGUAAGGCAUGGGUGUAAUAGAGUACCGUCACAAAAAUAUACCCCAGUCUUAACGAGCGCAUUAUAGUUGAUUGAAAAACCAAGUCUGAACUCGAAGAGUGCCGAUAAAUUAAGUACGGCUCAUGAAUCACAAAGCUCAAGGAGUAU